ACCUCAACAGGCUGUGUCGCACUGGUUGCAUUGGCAUCGUAGGCGUGUGUGUAUAGCGUGUGUUUGUGUAGAGUGUAUGUCUCAGUGAUGGUCACAGGGUCCACUGCCUGACGCUGCGUGACAUCAUUUCUGUUAGACGGGCGGAGAUCGAGGCGCGGUUAUUAACCCGGCUCGGGCAGUUAACGGGGCUCAGUUGGACGGGGCACGAAGCCGGUGCGUCUUUGUGAAAGAAAAAGUAACAUCAAACUGGAUACGCAAGAGAUGCUGAUUAUUCAACCACUAUUGAAGGAAAAAUGAAGUUGAAUCAGAAAUAAGUGCGUCUUUAUUGUUAUCGGUGCGUCAUUGACAGAAAGUGGACCUAGUCGAGUUGCGCAUAAUCAACCGGGAAAAAAAGAGAGGAAUAAUUCAGUAUAAUGGGGAUAAAAAUGAUUACAUUAUCAUCAUGUAAUCAGUGAGGUGUUGAUAUCACCCUUUUUAUUCUAGUCUUUCACAGCGCUCAGAGGAACUAUAAAACAUAGGCCUAUACCCUAUAUCAAACAAUCGAAAGAUAAAGGAAUAUGUUUGUUUCUUCUCUCCCUACAAUUGAAUUAACUGAUCUGAUGUUUGUGGCUGAAGUCUUCUCGGACUCAUUCCUUAUCUAUUGACAAUGACGGCUCAGUGCGGGUCUCGUUUCGGCACCUAGUCCUUUUGGACAGAUGGAAGCUGAGGAGCGCAGAUUGUUGGGUGACUUUUUACAUCUUCAAACUGUCUCUAUUGCGUGAUAUGGUUUCACUACGAAUGUGAAUGAAUAGCAACUUUUUAAAAGGCAUUUCAUCAACCCAAGUAUCAUUCCAUGCGUCUCUGCGUCCUGGUGCGCUUCAUUGCGCUGGUGAGAUUCGGGGAGUGUUCCGAUUUCAUGGUAGGCUAUAAUUAAGGACGUUUUACUUCAAUGAAUUUAAUUUAAAUAGAACACGGUCUAUGGAUUGCCUGAAGGACCUUUACUGCUUCAAGCACUACGUUUGGAUGACACAUUUUUCUAGCGCUUGUUCAAGCAAUUUUAUAAUUUUCCCCAGAAGAAUAACUAUCCAAGCAUCAGCGGUGUGUGUGUUAGUUAAUAGAUACUUAGUCAUUUAAUUGCCUGAUUAAAUUAUAUUAAUGAAGUAAUUAUUUAUUUGAAUAUCCAAUAACGAUUUAGUGGAUAUAUCCGCACCCGGGUUGUUGAAAAGAGACAUGAAAGAGAAAGUGCGUGACUGGAGGAACAAAAUUAUAUUUUCACACGGGCAAAGUUGUUAGUCUCGGUGAUGCCUUGGGCAAAGCGGUACAAUCUUUUUUUUCUCUCUCAUUUUAAUUCAAUCAUCUAGUGCGUAAAGUUCCAAGUGGACGCCUCUUGAGCCCAACAGCCAUGUCUCUGUUUCUGCGUCAGAGCCCCUCCAUUUACUGCACUCUCACUGGACAACAAGUCUUCCUCAAGGGAUUAAGCUAGCAGAUAACAGAAACCUAUCUCUUCUUUCGCCUUCACUCACUCUAAACAGAAUUCGCUGUCCCUGUGAGUUUGAGUUUUCUCCAAAAUUCUAGCUUCAGCUGGUAUCGCCAUGGCCAUGAUCCCAGAUAUUACAUGCCUGUCAGGGCCAAGGGUGAACCUGAACAUCAGCUUCACCUUCGGCCCCACCCCCUGCAACCAGACAGUACUGCGAACCGCACCCUAUUCCCCAGAGGCCACUGCGUUGUUCGCCACCGCGAUCACCCUCAUGAUGAUCCUCACCAUCGUGGGCAACAUCCUGGUCAUCAUCGCCGUACUGACCUCGCGCUCGCUCCGCGGCCCACAGAACCUCUUCCUGGUCUCGCUGGCCGCAGCCGACAUCCUGGUGGCUACCCUCAUCAUCCCCUUCUCGCUGGCCAAUGAGCUCCAGGGAUACUGGGCGUUCCGCUCACUGUGGUGUGAGAUCUACCUGGCGUUGGACGUCCUCUUCUGCACGUCGUCCAUCGCUCACCUCUGUGCCAUCUCAUUGGACCGCUACCUGUCCAUCUCCCGGCCCGUGUCCUAUGGCGCCCAACGGACCCCCGCGCGCAUCAAGGCGGCCAUCGUGGUGGUCUGGCUUCUCUCGGCCGCCAUCUCCUUCCCUCCCCUCCUCUCCCUGGAUAAGAGCGAGGGAGGGGUGGAGGUGUGUGAGCUGAACAACGAGCGUUGGUAUAUUCUCUACUCCACCAUCGGCUCGUUCUUCGCCCCGUGUCUCAUCAUGAUCGGGGUCUACAUCAGGAUCUACCAGAUUGCCAAGCAACACACAAGAUGUCCGCCAGGGGAAAAACCCAACCUUAACACAACUCCCGGCAACGCGUCUAGCAACACUCCAACAGCCCACGCACCUGGACCUGUCAUUACCCCCCAGCCCAAGCCUCUCAGCCAACUACAGCACAACAGAGGGGAGGGAGGGAAAGCAGAUGGACAAUCCAAGGAUGCCGUACCUUCGAAGAGUCUCCCUGUCUCCUCCCCCUCAUCUCCUCCUCCCCAGAGCGAGACCCAGGCCAAGACCCCUACCGGCCCACAGAUUGAACCACAACCACAGACCCAGCCUUCUUCACCAACCUCUGUCCCCACCUCACCCCAGCCUCCCUCACCCACCAUAGCUCUCUCCCCCACACUCCCCCUUGCAGAAACCCAACCUGGGGAGACCCACAGACAGGGUGAGAGACAGGAGAAGAGACAGAGAAACACCACCAAUGAUGACAGCUUCAGCUCUGGCUCCGAGGCAGAGGCAGAGAUGAGUGGAAAAAGAAAGGGGGGGGGAGGGAACAGGACAGUUAAGAAUAAUGGAGGGUCAAAGUCUGGAGGUGCAGGGUUAAAAAUUCAACCUCUCUCUUCUCUGACCUCUCACAAGUUCAAAAAGACUGUUGCCACACCCACCAGCACAGAGCUGGCCUUUGACAGGCCAGGGAAGGCUCAGGUCACGCCAAUGUCUCGGCGCAAGGCCAUGGUGAAUCGCGAGAAGCGCUUCACGUUUGUCCUGGCUGUGGUAAUCGGGGUGUUUGUCAUCUGCUGGUUCCCUUUCUUCUUCUCCUACUCGCUGCAGGCCAUCUGUCCUGAGACCUGCUCUCUCCCUGAUCCCCUCUUCAAGUUCUUCUUCUGGAUUGGCUACUGCAACUCCUGUCUGAACCCUGUCAUAUACACCAUCUUCAACCAGGACUUCAGGAAGGCCUUCAAGAAGAUCCUCUGUAGGGACACCAAGGGGACAAACUUCUAGAGUGGAUACUGUAGAAGGGACACCUUAUUUAAGAGUAUAUGCUGUGUAAGGACACUAUGGACAAUGACUUCCAGAGUGGAUAUACUGUAAGGAUAGAUUUUAGCUUACCUUGUGUAAGAAACCACAGACAAUCUGCUGAGUCUGUCCUUUGCUGAACAUUCCGUUAGAUCAGAUUAACAAAAGGCUGAACUAUGGAAUGCUGGAGUAGAUCAAGAUGCUCUGAUGUUCCCAUUGGGGGCAGUGGGAGAGGAGGGGAGGGAGGGACGCAAUAUACCUGAAAAAAAAAACUCUGUUACAGCUUGUUUGGUGAUCGGAACAAAACAGGGCCAUCAGUCAUGAGGACAUGUUGCUCAAUUUACAUUAUAAACUGGGUGGUUCGAACCCUGAAUGCUGAUUGGCUGACAGCCGUGGUAUAUCAUGGUUAUGACAAAAC